GCCACAUUCUGCAAGCUUAUGUAAAUCAUGGAGUCGUCAACUCGUUUUAUCGCUUGCAUAUAUGCUGAGACGAACUGCCGCUGUAGCGAUUGAAGAGGGAGACGAUCACCCAUAUUCUGAAUACAUCGAAUAAUCAAUAACCUAAGGAGUAAACUGGGGUCUGGUCGUGUGCCACAUUCUGCAAGCUUAUGUAAAUCAUGGAGUCGUCAAAGGAAUUCAAGGCGUUGAUCAGGGAAUGUCAUAAAGCUAAAGAGAGGGCCUACUGCCCGUACAGCAAUUUCAGAGUAGGAUGUGCAGUUCUAACUGAGGACGGGACAAUGUUCACAGGCUGUAAUGUAGAAAACGCGUGCUACGGCCUAGCAAUGUGCGCCGAAAGAAACGCUAUAAUCAAAGCAGUCACUGAGGGGCAUCGUAAAUUCCAAGCCAUAGCUGUAGGAACGGACAUUAAAGACAAAUUCAAAGGCCCCUGUGGACCUUGCAGACAGUUCUUAGUAGAGUUUGGAGAGUGUGACCUGUACAUGGUGAAACCAGACUUAACAUACAUGAAGUUUCCUCAUGACCUACUACCAAUGGGAUUUGGACCAGCAGACCUGCUUGCUGAGAAGAUUUGAUUAUUAGAAAUUAAAAUAAAAAAUAAAAUAAUUUAAAAUAUAUAUAUAUAUUACUGUACGUUCCGGACUGUUGAAAUGUUCACGUAUAAAUUUGGUCUAAUGAUACAUAUUACAACGACGCACUGUAUUAAACUACGUUUAGCAUUAUUAAAACAAUUAUUUAAAUA